AUGGUACGAGCUAAAUUUAUUAGCCUUUCUCGUAUUUGGUAUACAAUAAUUGUUGUAAUAAUUCAUUUAAUUCUAAUCUAUUUUGGUAUUAAAUAUUGUUAUUUUAAUGAUCAAUUACCAUGGCCUAGAUCUUCAUCAUCAUCACCAAAAUAUGAAUUAUUAAUACAAAAAAUAUGUAUAUUAACAUCACUUAUUCUUCUUUUUAUUUUUAUUUAUCCAGCUUUAUUUAAAAUAAAAAAUUUAUCAAAUGAUAAUCAACAAUUAACAAUUCAUGAUUUCAAUAAAAAUAAUUCGAAGAAUUCUAAAACAUCAUUAUGUACUAGUUUAUGGCAUCAUUGUUUUUCAUUAAGUAGUACUUUACAUUUAAUUAUGAGUUUUCUUAUUAUUAUAUCAACGGUAUUAAUUGAUGCUAAACAAAUUAUGAUUGGAUUAAAAGAUUCAGCAUUAUUAUGGCGUACUGAUUUUGAUCUACUUUUCGAUUGGUCUCCAUCAUUGUCAUCAUCAUCCUCAUCAUUAUCAUCACCAAUAAUUUCUUCUAUAAAACGUUUAACUCUAUCAAAUACAACAACAAUAACAACGUUAUCACAAUCAUUUUCAAUUGAUUUUUAUUCACGUUUAAGUCUAUUUAAUUUUUUAUUUGCUUCAUUUAUAUGUAUUCUACGUGAACCAUAUGUAUUUUGGUCAAUAUCAAAAAUAUUUUCAAUCAUUUAUUCAUUUGCUCUUGCACUUAAUGUUAUACAAUGGUGUUUAAUGUAUAGUGCAUUUCAAUUAUUAAUAAAAAAUAUUUGUUUUAAUACAAUUGAAUCAACACAAAACAUUGGUUAUUUACUUGUUCAUCAACCAUAUACAACAUUUUUUCUUUAUUUAUUACUUGAAUUUCUUAUUUAUAUAUCAUCAUUAACAUUUUAUUAUUAUGGUUACAAUCGUUUUAAAUAUCAUGAAAAUUUUAAUUGUAAAACAUCAUGUUAUGAUCGUUGUUCAAAUUAUUGUCCAAGUUUAAUUGCAAUUAUUAUUUUAUUAUUAUAUACAUCAUGUAAAAUGCCACUUGUACAUGAUAUAUUUUUACUUUAUAUUCAAACACAUUUAAAUUUAUUAUUUCUUACAUUUAUUUUUGAAAUUAUUCAUGUUUUACUCAUACUUGUAUUAUGGAUUUAUUUAACAACGAAAGUUGAUUGGAAUUUUAAGAAAAUACAGAAAGAACAAGAAUUUACAGCAAUUACAAAUCAUGGUUUAACAGUCAAAAAUACUCCAGUACAAACAGCAACAGCUAUAUCAUUACCAGAUUUAAAUGGUAAUUGUUCAUUAGUUGAAAAAUCAUCACGACGUUUAUCAGAUAAUAUGUAUCAAAAACCAUAUGAAAAAAUUCGAAUAUUUCAAUCAGAAAUUUAUUACCGAAAUCGUCCUAAAAAUUGGAGUUUACCAUUAAAUCAACAACCUACAAUGAUGGCAACAUUUGAUGAUAAUGAUGAUGAGGUAGAGGAAGAGGACGAUGAUGACGACGAUGAUGAUGAUGAUGAUGAAAAUGAUAUUGUUCUACGUUCAACUUCAUAUCCAACAAAUGAAACACAAUACCGAGAUGCAAUACGAAAAACUGUUACAAAUCUUUAUAAACUUCCAAUAAUGAGUAAAGAAAUAAAAUUAGCGAAAGAGAUUUCUUCACAAAAUAAUAAGAAUACUGAUAAAACAGCACCUAUGCCAUCUAUUAAACGUUUUCCACAAGAACAAGUAGAAGCAGCAAGACUACGAGGUCAACAAAUGAUCAUUCAACAAAAACAACAGCCGAAACCAUCUGACUAUACGCAACAUCAUCGUUCAGCAACUUUACUUGUUAGUCAAGUUUAA